GUCCAAGGUUCUUUCCAGCUUCACAGUGGUGCAAAAACGAACGAAACAGCUUUGAAAUUGAACUAGUUUUGUUCUAUGCUAUAAAUAAGAUUGUAUAUAAGAAGGCUUAUCGUCUCUUAAAGUUACAAACACCAUAUGUUUGGUCAGCAUUAUCGGAAAUAAAUCAUUCAAAUUCAUCGAUAAAGCCACUUUAAGCCGCCGUGAACGUGGUAGCAUCGAUAUCAUUUCGUCUUCAUCCUGAAUUCAAUAGUCGGUAAAAUAACGAAGGUAGGUGUGUUCCUCAGUUACAAGGAGUAUUUCUACGAAUUUCGUUCUCACUGCUUAUUAAUUUACUGAUGUGUACGUUUUAGUCAGACUUGUCCAACAACAAAGUCAGUUUCAUAUCCAUUUAUGACGUGAUGGAUCCUCUAAGAACACGCUUCGUUUCUAAACAAUUCAUGCGCGCCUGAGUUUAUAAUUGACUUAUUCCUUGGUUAUAAUUUCAUUUUAAGACUUCUUGUCAUUCAAUUUGAAACUAGUUGAAGCCGUGGAUUUAUAUAUCAUUUGAAGCUUAUUGAAUUAAUACGCCAAAAUACUCAUUCAAGCAACAUGGCGCGUGUUCAAAUGUUUUGACAGGCAGACAGGCCACAUGUUAUGAUUGUUGGCUGUCGUGGCCAAAGAAACAGUCGGUUAGAAGCUACAUUUUUUCUGAUCUACCCGCUUUUUCAUUGCCAUUGGGUAGUUAUUGAACAGCUGUACAAAUCCUAUCCCUGGUUAUCUACCUGAGCAGUCAUGUUACCUCUUGUUCAUUACAUUUGUAUAUUUACUAGGCCACCUUGACUUAUAGAGUUCCUAUUUUAACCCUUACACUCUAACAUCAAUAUACAAGAUCUCCAUAAUUUUCUACACUUAUUUCCCAUGUUACCUGCAAGGAGAAUUUCUUUAACAAUCAAGAGUUCUUCAGUUUGUGAUUCUUUCCUUUAUUCUUAUGACCUGUACUGUUUGAUUCAGAUAUGAUGAUGUUGAGAGAAAUAAGAUGCUUAUCACUCUUGAGGGUGAAAGGGUUUUAAACUAACUUUUCAAACCAUGCUUUGCUGUCAAAUUGCCGCCCUUUAUCAAUUUGCACAGCUUACUAUUACAAGUAUGUUGAUUGACACAUUUUGUUUUUCAGGAAUAUUGCAAUUAAAGGAAGGAAGAUCAUCUAAUGAACUGCUAGAUCUUUUGUGAAGGACUUACUCUUAGAGGAGCUGGUUUUAAAAUAUCCAUUUAUCAUGGGUGGUGCAGUUAGUUCAGGACAAGACAAUGAUGAGUUGAUUGACAACUUAAAAGAAGCUAACUACAUCAAAUCGCCAGAGGUGGAACAUGUCCUCCGUGUGAUAGAUAGAGCGGACUAUUUUCCAGAGGGAACUAAACAACAUGCAUACAAAGAUUUGGCCUGGAAGAGUGGUAAUGUUCAUUUGUCAGCUCCUUGUAUUUACUCUCAAGUUCUAGAAUCUCUUGAAUUAAAAGAAGGAUUAUCAUUUUUGAACCUGGGUAGUGGAACAGGCUACCUGUCCACCAUGAUCGGAUUGAUUAUUGGUGCCAAUGGAGUCAAUCAUGGGGUUGAAUUAUAUGGUGACGUUGUUGAGUUUGCUGAGACGAAACUCAAAGAAUUUUUGCGGACUAAUCCAGUAUACCAAGGAACCAACUUUUGUGAGCCAGUGUUUAUUGUUGGCAAUUGUUUGUGGUUAAAUGCACACUAUAGACAGUAUGAUCGUGUGUAUUGUGGAGCUGCCUGCCCUCCUGAAUAUGUAGAGUAUAUGAAGUCAUUAGUGAAAAUUGGUGGAAUUUUGGUCAUGCCCUUCAAUGAGAAGGUGAGAAAAUUAAAAUUUUUUCAAUGAAUUAUGUACAGCACACAUUUCUCACGACACCAAAGAUUUCAACCCUCCCACCUUGGACAGAGACUUCCUGAUUAUAUCUGACGUGCUCAGUAUUCUCCCCAUUUUCGUAACUUUCCUCUGUCAUAGGAAAGUGAAAGUUUUUUAAUGCUUAAUUCAGCAUUUUACAAUGCUUUCUGCUUAUCCUGUGGUAUCACCAUUUUUCAAGCUCAAGUCAGCAGUUUUUUAGGGUGGUUCUUUUCUAGAUUACCUUGACCUUAUGUGGGGUGCAUGGUCUCUAAAAGCAGGAAAAGGUAUCUGAGAGGUUGAUAUUGUUGAAAAUUUUGCCUUAACCCUUUAACUCUUAUGAAUGACUAAGACAGAAUUUCUCCUUACAAUAUCAAUACAAUGUCAACCAAACAAGCGAUGAGAAUUUAAAGAAAAAUAUCAUUAGGGGAUUAUUAAUUGAUCUUAUACCAAAUUCUUCAGAGUAACAUCACAAGAAUUAUAUGGCAGACAGUAAGGAGAACUACUAAUAAUUUUUUGGGAAUAAAACUGUUCAGACCCUUCUUAAGGUCCUUGUCUUCACUGUGUAUGUUUACGGCAUUUGUAAACCCAAGAUCUCCCAUUUUUUAUUUGUAAGGGUUGAAAUCACUGUGUUGUGGGUACAAGAAGUUGCAGGUUGAACCUGGAUAGAUAAUGUAACAGCUUUAAGCCAACCCUGAAUGUGUAUUUAGUGAAUCUUCUUCAGGAAUGAUCCUCCAGAACUUUCCUUUCUAUCAGAAAAAAGGGGAAAUAGUUGAUUUUUAGGCUUCUACUUAAAUCAUUUAUCAUUACCAGUCAAUUGCUCGCAUCUCAAUCAAAGAAUGUAUCGUGCUAAACUAUAAUUGUAAUCACAAGGACUUGUCUCCAAUGAAAAAAGAGGGUAAACAUUUGCAUUUAUUUUAAAAUUUUGGACUGCACUUAUCAAAUCCAUAUUGAAGCAAUUCCAAUAAAGUGAUGUCCCUGAGAGGUGCAGUAAGGAAAGGCCUGCAAAAUCUGAAAUUAGCAAAGAUUGUUGCUCUUAUUAAGAACUAUUUUAAGAACUUUUUGCACAUACUGUUGAAUACUGUUGCCACCCACCCCUUGAAAAACCUUUCUUAGGCCUAUGAACCUUUUAUGCCUGAUCAUCGGAAUGCAUAUUCUCCAUUCAGCUGUUCUCUAUACAUUUUUUAAGGUGCUGACAAGUUUUAUAAUUGAACAGUAUGUAAGGAGAUAAAUUUAAAAUGUUUAUACUCAUAGCACUAUUUUCAUUUGGUCAACUGAAGGCUUCCUAACAAUCAAGUCAUGCUUUUUAGUGAUUUUGCAAUUUUACUUUGGUCAUGAUUGCAGCUAUUCAGAAUGCGUCGAACUGGUGACACUGAAUGGGACAUUGAGGGGCUACUACCAGUGUCUUUUGCACCACUGAUAAACUGCAAGGAAGACAAGAAGGAAUUUCCUCAGUUUAUUGAAAUACGUAAGUGUCUACCUGAAAUCCAAACUUAAAUCAUCUGCAUCAGCUCCUUAAUUUUACAAUGGACUUAACCCUUUACAUCCUAAUGUUUGCUUUUUAUAUUCUUUACACUGUCGUCUUUACACUUCCUAUCAUACUGGCCGAUCAUCAGAAGCUCAUAAAUCAGUGAUCAUUUCUCUUUUCUCUGAAUGGUUAUAUUUGAUUCAAGGGUGAUUAACUGUAACUUAUCUCUAGAUCUGAUUGUUAAUUCUCCCCUCUUGCUGCUUCACAUUUUUUUGUAAAUUGCAUACAAGAAUUUAGUGUUCAAUCGAGACAAUUAUGUCAUACCUGAUAAGUUUGAGUAUUCUCACUACCUGACUGCUGGAUAAUGUAUGGAUGCUAUAAGUAGAAGUUACAUGUUAAUCACCUCUGGAAGUUAAAGGGUUAAUCAGAAGUAAAAAAAGAUGAACCUGUAACAAAUUAGACAAUUACUUGCAUUUUCUCACAACAUAAUACCACAAAAGCAUGACUUGACCUUUGCCUGGCUCUUCUCCAGUAUCCAUUACUAUAACAGAGAGCAAACUACAUGAAAUAUAUUUGUCUGCUAAACAAGUCUAGACUUGUGUUAUGUGAAGUUCAACAACAGACCUAGGGGGUGGGGGUGGGAUGUGCACCCACCCUACCCUGAUUUUAGCUUUUUUGCAUUAAUGAUAAUAGUGCUCCUAAUGGACACAAACACAGAAAAAAAGGGGCCACAAAAUGGUUCCCUCACUAUCCCAAAGUUUGGAUCUGUGAAUAAUUACUAACUUUUGGAACUUGAUUUUUCAGCCACACAUCCAAGGUACCUCCAAGACCUCUGCAGACUUGUGAUAAGGAGAACUCUUGGUCCGGAUGGAGUAAAACAACUCUGUGAUUUACCUCUUCCUCCUGCACUUGUUAUGUAUCUGAACUACUUCCAUGAAUUGAGGCAAGAAUAAACAAGUUGUCUGAUGUAAUUUCUCUCUACACUUUCACUGAGGAAGAUGAGAAUGAAAGCAUGAUCUGCAAGGGCUCUACAGGUGAAAGUAAUGUCUCCAUUCAGCAUUAAUCCUUAGUGAGGUAACACCCUGUCAAUAUGUGAGAGUUCUCAAGACAAAGACUUUUGCUCAAUUGUCAUCUAGCAGACUGCGAAAGACUAUUGAUACACAGUAAAGCAAGUUAUUCUGUUACAUGACUUACUUGGGUUUGGGGGAAAGAUAUAAGGGGGGUGGUUCUGGUUGGUGGUGUGACAGUUUAAUUAAUCCUUUAACUCCCAAGAUCUCACUAGUAAUUCUCCUUACUAUCUGCCAAAUGAUUUUCGUUAUGUUAGUUUGGAGACUUUGGUAUCAGAUCAAUUAGUAAUCUUAUAACUGAUAUUUUUCUCUAUUCUCAUCACUUGUCUGCAUGAUUUUGUAUAGAUUUUGACAUAGUAAGGAGAAAUUCUGUCUCGGUCACUCACUGGAGUUAAAGAGUUACGGACUCUUCAGGCUCUCGUUCUGGUCCUAGGGAAUAGAAAUCACAUAAUGUGUUGUGUGGCAAAGAGUAUAUGAUAUACUUAUUUCAAAAAAACUGAUCCAAGGUUUUGAAGAAUCUUCAACAUUAGGAACUUGCAAAGCAUUCUCUUUUCUGGAUUUCUCUAGUCUAUCUGCAAAAUAUUCAAGAGUCAAAUGUGCAAGAUUGUUGGUAGAGAACUGCAGUGAAGAUGCUCAAAACCUUCACAAAGAUAUCUCUCCUCUUGAGAUUGUUUCAAACUCUCCUAUUUAAGAUACAUUUCUAAAUUCUCUCAUUCAGUGCAGUAAUAGUGCAAAUUGUGUGCUGCAUUUUAGGUGCAUGAAACAGAAGUAUCACUUUUGCUUUUCUUUUUUAUAUUCAUGAACUAGUCUCUGCAUUUUCUGUUGAAACAUUUUUGUAAAUACAUGGUGAUGGUGUAUUUAUUGAAGUAAAUGGAAGUUAAUUUCUUUCAGAAGUAAUUUUUGUGUAUUACAUUUCCCAUACACUGCCAGUGUAAAAUUUUUUCUUUAUGUUUCAAAAUGUUGAUAUUGAGAAGUCAGGUCUGUAUCACCAGAGUCAAUUAGUUUUGGUGACAUGUUCCUUGUGAUUAAUUUUCAAGUGCAAAGCCAGCUUAAGCACCACUUAUAGU